GAAGCUAGGCAUGAAUAUUCCCAAGAGGUUAAGUUUAUAAGUUUGUAGUUUUUCGGUUUGGCGUUUGGUUUACAUCUUAGUUUUUAAAAUAAAAAAUGUUUGAAGCUCAAGAAAUUCACGCAGAACAUAAAGAUCUCAUUCACGAUGUCGCUUAUGAUUAUUAUGGGAGGAGAAUGGCCACCUGUUCAAGUGAUCAAUUUGUGAAGGUUUGGGAUCAAACAUCUGAUGGAAAGUGGGUGUUAACAUCAAGUUGGAAAGCACACAGUGGAUCUGUAUGGAAAGUAACUUGGGCCCAUCCUGAAUUUGGGCAAGUUUUAGCCACUUGCUCCUUUGACAGAACAGCAGCUGUUUGGGAAGAAAUAGUUGGAGAAUUACCAGGACCAGGCGAAAGAGGUACCAGACAUUGGGUAAGGAGAACAAAUCUAGUGGAUUCCCGCACUUCAGUAACAGAUGUCAAGUUUGGACCAAAAUCUCAAGGACUCCAGUUAGCUACUUGUUCAGCAGAAGGAAUUAUAAGAAUUUAUGAAGCUCCAGACGUUAUGAAUUUGAGUCAGUGGACAUUACAGCACGAAGUCCAAUGCAAGCUGCCAUGCAGUUGUUUAUCAUGGAAUCCUAGUUUGUCUAAAAUGCACCCCCAAAUGAUAGCAGUGGGAAGCGACGAUCCAAAUCCAGCAAAUGGCGGCAAAGUGUUCAUCUAUGAAUACAAUGAGAACAGUAGACGAUGGACAAAAUUAGAAACUAUAAGUUCAGUAGUGGAUCCUGUACAUGACAUUGCCUUCUCGCCAAAUUUGGGAAGAAGCUAUCACAUUCUUGCUGUCGCUACCAAAGAUGUUAGGAUUAUUAAUUUGACACCUGUAAACGAUGAACAGAGCAUUCAGAGUGGAGUAACUAAAUUGGAUGUAGAAACCAUUGCACAGUUUGAAGAUCACAACAGUUUAGUAUGGAGAGUAUGCUGGAAUCUAACUGGUACAGUUCUGUGUUCAACUGGAGAUGAUGGGUGUGUCAGAAUGUUCAAAAUGAUUUACAUUAACUCAUGGAAACCUGUAGCCGUAUUGAAAGGGGACUCCUCUCAAUCCUCGUACGAUCAAAGAACCACCAGCUCAACGAACAACGGAAGUACCAUCAUACCAUUUUACCAAACUGCUAGAUAUAUCAAGUUAGGAUCUAUAGCACAGACGAGGGAGGCACCGUGGCACUGAAUUUAUUAUAACUUAUUUAUAUUGUUAACUGAUGAUUUUAAUAUAAUAAACAUUUUAAGGUUU